AUGGCCUUCAUUGGCUGUGUCUGUGCCCAGGGUGUUUCCUCAGUGGCUCUGCCCUUUGGGCUCAAGGACAGUCCCGACAUCACCAGCACCGUGGAGCCCCUCGGCAGCCCUGAGACAGCAACCGAGUCACUUCCUUUCAACACUGGGCAGCAUCCACACUACAGCCAGCACGGGCCCAGCCUGGUGGACUUUCACCCUGGGCUGAGAAGUGCCCCUGGUCCCGUCUGUCUGUCUGGGAGGGCCUGGACCCUGGGGGGCAGGGCAGAGAUACAGGACGGAUCCGAUGGCCAGCCUGGGGCUCAGGUUUGGGGCAGCAUGGCUCCUGGGGGCCUGAUGGGCUUCCCUCUCAGCGCUGACAGCUCCUGCCUCACGGCAGAUUUAAGAGCCGUAGGAGACGCCACUCCAGAUGUGACCCUGCCAGGAGACGCCGCACCAGGGUCGAGGCCCUGCCUGUUGCACAAGUCGCCUCACAGAGCUGCACAAGGGGCUGAUCCCAGGGCCCGCCCAGGCCCGCGCCCUGUCUCAGGAUCAGCCCCAGCUGCUGGCGGCUGCAGGACAGGAGCCGUCUGGAGCCAGGAGAGCAGCGGGGAGCAGUGGUGGGACUAUGACUCCAGCAAGCCUGGCUGCUUUUCCGGGGGCUGGGGGACACAGGAGGCUCCUCCACUGACCAGCUCAGCUCCCCACUUCCCCUCUCCGUGCUGCGGUUCCCUGGGCCCUCGUGGGGAUGGGCCCCUGCGGCCACCCUGGGCAGAGCUGAGCCACGGCUGCCCUCGGGCCAUGGGGCCGCUGCUGGCCACCGCGCUGGUCCUCUGCUCUGCGUGGCAGGUUCACAGCGGGACCCUCGCCAGACUGCAGGCUCACCCAGAGCUUUGGCCACCAGCCCCAGCCCUGCCCAGAGCUGGAGGGCCCAAGCCCCUGCCGAGCGCUGUCUCCUGCGUGGGCCCUGCCCUGGGCCAGCUGCAGGCCCUGGGCAGUCCAGUCUAUGCACGAAUCUCUGGCACUUCCCAGCACAGCCGUCCCUGCCUGGGGCCAGUGUCCUGGCUCAGACACGACCCUGCCCGUCCCGUGCCAGCUUUCUGGAGCCGUUGCUCCAUGGGUGGAGCAGGGGCUGGGCGGCUCCUCACCGCCUGUUUCGAGGCCACAGAGGACUCCUGGGAGGACUUUGGGGCCUUCACUGAGAAGAAGAGAGUAGAUACAGGCAUGGCACCAGCUUCUGUCACCUCAGAGCCCCAGGUCCUCAGGAACUCGGAGAUGAUCGGCUUUGAGGUCCUGGCCUCCGCUUCCCACUACUGGCCACUGGAAACCGUGGAUGGCAUCCAUGAGCUGGGCUCUAUUCACAUGCCUCUCUGGACAGUGUGCCAGGCCCUUCCUGAUCUCACAGCUCUGUCCUUGUGCCUCCCAGGCUUUGAGGUCCUGGCCUCCGCUUCCCACUACUGGCCACUGGAAACCGUGGAUGGCAUCCAUGAGCUGCAGGACACAACAGAAGCCUUGCGAGCUCACAACCUCACUGUGCUCCCUUCCCAUAACGCCACCUUUGUGCGGAGCAAUGACUCCGUCUACUCAAACUUCUCUGCGACCGUAGAUAUCGUUGAGGGGAAAGUCAACAAAGGCAUUUACCUCAAGGAGGACAAGGGGGUGACGCUGCUGUACUACGGGAGGUACAGGAGCUCCUGCCUCAGCAGCCCGGCCCAGUGUGGCCCUGAGGGAGUCACGUUUUCCUUUUUCUGGAAGACCCAAGGAGAACAGUCCAGGCCAGCACCAUCCGCGUAUGGGGGCCAGGUCAUUUCUGAUGGCUUCAAAGUUCACGCUAGUGGCGGCAAAGGAGCUGUGGAGCUGUAUGUGCGUGAGAACUCCAUGACCUGGGAGGCCUCCUUUAGCACCCCAGGUCCCUACUGGACUCACAUCCUGUUCACGUGGAAGUCCAAGGAGGGCCUGAAAGUCUACGUCAAUGGGACUCUAAGUACCUCGGACCCGAGUGGGAAGGUGUCGCAUAGAUAUGGGGAGCCCAGCAUGAGCCUGGUGUUGGGGUCCGAGCAGGACCAGGCCAGGAGGGGUGAACAGAGCACCUUUGAUGAGUUCAUCAUCUGGGAGCGGGCGCUGACGCCUGACGAGAUCGCCAUGUACUUCACAGCGGCCAUCGGAAAGCAGGCGUUGCUGUCUCCCACCCCACUGGGCCUCUUCACGGUCCCCACCACGAGGAGCCGGGUAACCUCGGAUGCAUACCAGCCCAUUAUAACCAACCUGACCAAAAUGCGGACAGACAUUCAGAGCACCAACAUGGUUCUGAAUCACCUCCACAGCGUGGCCCUCAGCCUGCCCAGCAAGUCCCUUUCUGAGGCUACAGCACUGAGCCUCACCAUGAGCUUCCUGGAGAAGGCGGGGGAGGUGUUUCAGAUGCCCGGUUGGACAGCUGUGUCCCAGAACAGCUCCGUGGUGCUGGGCCUGAUCGACACCGUGGACUUGGUCAUGAGUCACAUAUCGACCAACCUGCAUGUCCAUGAACCCCAAGUCACCAUCAGUGGUUCCUCUUCCUUGGCAGAGUUUUCUGUGGCCAAACUCCUGCCCAAGACCAUGAAUUCCUCCCACUACCGCUUCCCAGCCCUUGGGCAGAACUAUAUUGAGAUCCCCCAGGAAGCCUUCCAUGGUCAAGCCUGGACAACCAUCGUGGGCCUCCUCUACCAUUCCAUGCAUCAAUACCUGAGCAGCAUCUCACCCACCAGCACCAGGAUCGCUGAGGCCGCAAAGUACAAAAACUUCCCACUGUCAGCUGCCAGCUCCCUCAUCUCUCUGGAGGUGUCCCCGCAGCCCAUGCUGUCCCAGAACCUGUCCGGCUCCCCGCUCGUCACAGUCCACCUCAGUCACACACUGGUGAGAAAACAGCUCAGUGCGGACACCAUCCAGAAAAACCGUGUGUUCCUGUACUGUGCCUUCCUGAACUUCAGCUCCAGGCCGGCCGUGUGGUCGGACGAAGGCUGCACGCGGCUCGAGAGCAGCCGCCACCUGCACGUGUCCACCUGCCGCUGCUCCCACCUCACCAACUUCGCCAUCCUCAUGCAGGUGGUGCCGCUCGAGCUGACCCAAGGGCACCAGGUGGCGCUGUCCUCCAUCAGCUACGUGGGCUGCUCCCUGUCCGUGCUGUGCCUGUUGGCUACCCUCGCCACCUUCGCCGUGCUGUCCUCCGUCAGCACAAUCCGGAAUCAGCGCUACCACAUCCAUGCCAACCUGUCCUUGGCAGUGCUGCUGGCCCAGGUCCUGCUGCUCGUCAGCUUCAGGUUGGAGCCGGGCACGAUGCCAUGCCGCGUGCUGGCCGGACUCCUGCACUACUUCUUCCUGAGUGCCUUCGCCUGGAUGCUGGUGGAGGGGCUGCACCUCUACAGCCUGGUCAUCAAGGUCUUCGGCUCGGAGGACAGCCAGCACCUCUGCUACUAUGGGAUAGGCUGGGGACUUCCCCUCCUGGUCUGUGCUAUCACUGUAUCCGCUGCCAAGGACAGCUAUGGGGCAGAUAACAACUGCUGGUUGUCUCUGAAGAAUGGCGCCAUCUGGGCCUUUGUGGCCCCUGCCCUGUUCGUCAUUGUGGUCAACAUGGGGAUCCUCAUCGCUGUGACCAGGGUCAUUGCCCAGAUCAGUGCUGACAACUACAGGCUGCAUGGAAACCCAAGUGUCUUCAAGCUGACUGUGAAGGCAGUUGCAGUGCUGCUGCCCAUCCUGGGAACCUCGUGGAUCUUUGGGGUGCUCGCUGUCGACAGACAGGCCGUGGUCUUCCAGUAUAUGUUUGCCAUCCUCAACUCCUCCCAGGGUCUCUUCAUCUUCCUCUUUCACUGUCUGCUCAACUCUGAGGUGAGAGCCGCCUUCAAGCACAAAACCAAGAUCUGGUCCCUCACCAGCAGCUCUGCCCGAAACGCCACUGGGAAGCCCUUCACCACUUCAGACAUCGUGAAUGGGGUCCGACUGGGCACAACCUCACCCAAACAAGUGGACCUGUCUGCAGUGUGAGCGCUGAGGCCACUGGCCUGCCGGGACACACCCCAACAACAAGGGAAGAGAUGGUUGGCCACACCCGCAACUCAGCCCUGAGACUCUGCCUGGCCCCAGAUCUCACCAGCACCCCAGCCCCUCACCCUGUGGCACCAGGACCCAACACAGUGCACCAGCAAGGAGUCCUGGGAGGGAGCCACAGCAGGCAGGUGCCCAGGAAUGGGAAGGGAGGAAUCUCCCCACAGCUAAAGGGCUGGGGAAGCAUCUUCGAGUGUGAAGGCUGCCAGUAGCAGGACCCUCUUUCCUGUAGGGCCUGUCCUGGGCCACCCUAACACCAGCAUUUCUCGGGCCUUUUCCUAGUGGGAGCCUCUCAGCCACCGAUUCCCAAGUGGCCUCCGGUGGCUGGUUUCCCAGCUCCUUUCCCAGUGCACCCCCAACCACUGUCUGUCAUGGAGCACCUAUAGUUGGGCUUCCCAGCAUCUGAGCAGGGACCAUGGGAUAAGCACCUUUCUCCCUCCUGUGGCCUGUCUCCCCAGGGGACACAGCAGAGGUUUGCCAAGCCUGGGAGGGGUGAUUGGCAUUGGGACU